UCUUGAAUUGGGUUUGUUUCUUGAUUGGUUUCUUGAAUUGUGUUUUGGGUUUUGUUUUUCUUACUAUUUUUGGAUAUGAUGAUGGGUCAAGAUGAGGUUGGGAGUGAUCAGACGCAAAUCAUAAAAGGGAAGCGUACGAAGCGACAGAGAUCGUCUUCGACGUUUGUGGUGACGGCGGCGACGACAGUGACCUCAACAAGUUCAUCAGCCGGUGGAAGUGGAGGAGGAAGAGCGGUUUCUGAUGAAUACAACUCGGCGGUUUCGUCUCCGGUGACUACUGAUUGUACGCAAGAAGAAGAAGACAUGGCGAUUUGUCUCAUCAUGUUGGCUCGUGGGACGGUUCUUCCAUCGCCGGAUCUCAAGAACUCGAGAAAAACUCAUCAGAAAGUCUCGUCGGAGAAUUCUAGUUUCUAUGUGUACGAGUGUAAAACAUGUAACCGGACGUUUUCGUCGUUCCAAGCACUUGGUGGACACAGAGCAAGCCACAAGAAGCCGAGGACGUCGACUGAAGAAAAGACUAGAUUACCCCUGAUGCAACCCAAGUCUAGUUUGUCAGAAGAAGGGCAAAACAGUCAUUUCAAAGUUUCCGGCUCAGCCCUAGCUUCACAGGCAAGUAACAUCAUCAACAAGGCAAAUAAAGUACACGAGUGUUCCAUCUGCGGUUCUGAGUUCACUUCCGGGCAAGCUCUCGGUGGCCACAUGAGGCGGCACAGGACAGCCACCACCGCGGCUAGCCCUGUUGCCGCUACCGCGGAAGUUAGCAGAAACAGUACAGAGGAAGAGAUUGAGAUAAAUAUAGGCCGUUCGAUGGAACAGCAGAGGAAAUAUCUACCGUUGGAUCUUAAUCUACCAGCACCAGAAGAUGAUCUAAGAGAGUCAAAGUUUCAAGGGAUAUUUGGCUGCAAACGCUAUCUCGCGGUGUUUUGAGUUGGCAACAAUUUUAAUUAUGAUUAGUUACUGUAGAUAUGGAGAUUAGUUUGGACUUUGGUGCAAUAAACAUUUAGAAUUAUA